UGUUUAAGCAGGUCUCGAGUGGGGAGAGCACGGCAGCAGCGUUGGGUGUAGUGGGUCGACCCACCCUCAACCUGGUGGGUCUGAGGGGAGGCCAAGCCCACCUUAAAGACCGCAGACCCCAGGCAGGGCCGAGUCCGGAGUUCCUGGGCCCUGGGGACCUUGUGCUGGGCAACACAGUGGCAGUGGGCGGAAGGCUGCUGAGGCUGUGUGAGUGUGAUUCCUUCACCACCAACUACUACAAGAACGUACUUGACGUAGAUCAGUGUCCAGCGGAGUACCAGUACCUGCGGCGGCGUCUGGCGGUACCCAGUGUGCCUCGAUCUGAGCCCCUCGACCCACGCUGGCUGGAGGAGCCCCCAAGGGACCCCCUCCACCCACUCCCAACCUCCGUCACCACCAUCGUCGGCGGCAUGCACGCCCGCUCCCUCAGGGAUGGCUGCGAAGAUAAAAUUCUACGAUUCGGAGCCAAACUUGUAUCAGAUAAAGAAAAGGACAAAGAGAGAGAAUUUGUCAUCAACUUCUACGUCUACGACUCCACCAUAUCUGUCUUCGAGGUGCCAAAGAUUAACUCGGGUAUGAGGGCGGGGAUGUUCCUAGGACGAGGCCUAGUGGUGGGUCCGGGAGGCGGAGGGCAUGUUAACGGCCAGGACCUGUACGCAGGUGCCACCAUCGCCCUCAACUCCCACGUGUUCCACCUCACCCAUGCCGACGAGUUCACCCUAAACUAUAUGGAGACACACGCCGAUGAGUUCCCACAAGCCAACUACAACGUGGCGCUGGACGAGGCUCGACGCCGUCUGGGUCACCACCAGCUGACUGACCUCCUCCGCCAGAUGACUACCUAUGACCCAGACCGGAAGGGCAUCGUGCCCACCUCGGUGGUGCUGGGAGCCCUCAACACUGCGCUCAGAGGGUCGCCCCUGAGUACUCAGCAAGUGACCACGCUGGGCCGCCGUCACCGCCGCCUUCAGCCUCACCCACUCUCCAAGAACCACCUCACACACCUCGCUGCCCUCCACCUCAAGCGCCACAACUUUGACGGGGUGCAAGAUCUUAGCUCAGGCCUUCGUGGGCGUGACGUGGAGUGUCGUGGACGGCUGCCGGCCAGCAUGGUGAGGGCAGCCCUCACGGCCAUCCAUCCGCCCCUCACCACUACCCUCAUCGAUGCCCUUGUUACCAGCGUGACACAACAGGAUGGACAAGUGGAGUAUGAGAGACUGUGUUCUGACCUCGACUGGCGUCACCGACCUCACAUACAUGACAACCUCCCAUGUCAGGUGGAUGAGGCAUCGCUGGAACAGGGGCUGCGACGCCACCUUGACUUGGUAGACUACGUCACCCUCAUAGCUGACCUGGAGGGAAGUGCCUCCACCCACCACCUAGCCGGUUCUGGCCUCGUCUAACCCCAGACUAACAGCAUCUGUGCUGUACACACGUCCCUUGAUCAAGAAAGAAAUGUGCUAUAAACAAAAUCCCCAGGACCAGUUGUGUAAUGGGUAGCAGGUUGCCUAAUUGAUUUCUUUUAGAUAAGGAUAGGCUUUUGAAUUCUGUGAAUAUUUUUCCCCGUGUAUUUUCAAACCAAUACCUGUACAUUAUAACAACUACUGGAGUGACAAUUUCACUGAAAAAAUAACAAUAAUGACAAUAAUGCCAGUUAUUUGAAUUAUAAUAAAGAAAAUAAUAGGAAAGGUUCAAUUUAGCUCUGUAUUCUUAAAUAUUGUAAUUUGUCUGUAGGAUCUUUACUAAUAUAAUUAUUGUAAUACAUAAACUGUACUGUAAUACAAGAUCACUUAUGGAGAAAUGAAAAAGUGAAUUUGAAAAAUUUAAGUUUCAUCUUCCAAUUUUUGUA